GCCGCGGAACUGGUGAGGAUGAAGGCUCUUGCAAUGACUGCCUGCUAUACUUGGAUUCUAAAGAUGGGAAGGCAGUUAGGUAAAAAAACUAAGGGAGGCGGUGGAUGUCCUGAAUCGGAGGCUGGAGGCCGUGAUGGGUUGGAUGUGGGCUAAUACACUGAAAUUGAAUCUGGAUAAGACGGAGGUACUGUUGGUCAGUAGGAGAGCCAAUCGGGAUGAGGAGAUUUUACUGGUUCUGGAUGGCGUUGCACUCCCCUUGAAGGAGCAAGUACGCAGCUUGGGGGUACUACUGGACCCGGCUCUGCUUUUGGAGGCUCAGGUGGAGGCGGUGGCCAGGGGUGCCUUUGCAUGGCUUCGGCUGGUGCGCCAGCUGCGUCCCUUUCUCGAGAAGGCAGAUCUGGCCACGGUUACCCACGCCUUAGUCACGUCACGGCUGGAUUACUGUAACGCGCUCUACGUGGGGCUGCCCUUGAAGAAUAUCCGGAAACUGCAGCUAGUGCAAAACGCGGCAGCGAGGGUUUUAUCUGGAGCUGCCCGUUGGGAACAUAUCAUCCCCAUUUUGAAAGAGCUGCACUGGCUAUCGGUUCAUUUCCGGGUCCAAUUCAAGGUGCUGGUUUUGACCUUUAAAGCCCUAAACGGUUUGGGCCCGGGGUAUUUGAGGGACCGCCUGCACCCAAGGGUUGCUGCCCGCCUGACGAGGACAUCUGAAGGGGCCCUGCUCUGGGUGCCGACAAUGAGAGAGGCCCGGCUGUCGUGCACUCGGGACAGGGCCUUCUCUGUUGCUGCCCCCAGACUCUGGAAUGCUCUCCCAGUGGCCAUUCGUUCCUCGGACUCCAUCACGGCUUUUAGAAAGCUUGUAAAGACUUGGCUUUUUACCCAGGCUUUUACAUAAUCGUUUUUACUGCUGCUUCUGGAUGUUUUUAUCUGUUGUAUUGUUUUAUGCCUGUUUUUAUAUGUUUUUAUACUUUUAGCAUGAUGUUUUUAUUGUGUUUUUAUUGUAUGUUUUUAACUUUUGUAAACCGCCUUGGGGUUAUCUUUUUAACGAAAGGCAGUAUAAA